AUGGAGGAAUGUUCACCUCGACACCCCAACACCAACGAGACCAGGGAAAUGGUGGUGGACUGGAGGAACCAGGAGACACACCCAGAACUCAUCAGGCAUCCAGGCAACAGCAAAGGUAUCCUUCACACCUUCACAUCUCACUUUUUCAUCCCGUCAUACGGAUUCUUCACUCCACAGAUGGCGUUUGCUCUUCGCUUGGUGUUGCUCUUGUGUGGCAUCACUGGAAGUUGCUCCUUUGUGCUAUAUACAGGUCCAAGCUGUCCUCAAGGCUGGACUCGAUUGAACCAUCGCUGUUUCAAUUUCCUGAAUGAAAACUUGAGAUUUGUGGAAGCUGAGACCUUCUGCAAUGCUCUUGGUGGCCAUCUGGUGUCCAUCCACAGUCAGCUGGAGAAUGAAGUUGUUCGAUUCCUGAUUGAGCAAGGGGCUGGCUCUGCCCAGCGUACAUGGAUCGGGUUCCAUGACACGGUUCAGGAAAGAGACUUCGUAUGGACAGAUGGCUCAGUCGUGGAUUUCACUGACUGGGCUAACAACCGACCAAGAAUGAAUGACAUGCGAAACUGUGCAGAGAUUAAUUUCCAAGGUGAGACCUGGAAUGAUGUGGUCUGCGGUGGUGGAAGAUCUUUUGUUUGUACCAAAGAUGUGAAAUACUAGUAUACGCUACCAUAUCGUCCAUGUCGUCUUCAAUGUGUAUUCUUCAUGUAUCAUCUUCUGGGCUUUUCACUUGAUAAAGAGCA